AUGCUUCUUGAUCCUAUGGGUGGAAUUGUUUUAACCAACGAUGGACACGCAAUUCUUCGAGAAAUCGAGGUUGCUCACCCCGCCGCGAAGAGCAUGAUCGAGCUGAGCCGGACACAAGAUGAGGAAGUCGGUGAUGGAACCACGACUGUUAUCGUACUAGCCGGAGAAAUUUUGGCGCACGCCCUUCCCCAGCUCGAACGCAACAUUCACCCCGUCAUCAUAAUCUCUGCUUUCAAGCGAGCCCUUGCCGAUGCCCUCGCCAUAAUUGAGGAAAUAUCCCUGCCAGUCGAGGUAGACGACGACAAGGCCAUGUUUAGCCUCAUACAGUCCUCGAUCGGUACCAAGUUUGUGUCCCGUUGGUCGGAGCUUAUGUGUGGUCUCGCUCUCAAGGCUGUCCGAACCGUAUCUCUCGACAACGGUAGUGGCAGGAAAGAAGUCGACAUUAAACGAUAUGCGCGUGUUGAGAAGAUUCCUGGCGGCCAGAUCGAGGACAGCGAGGUUAUAGAUGGCGUCAUCAUUAACAAGGAUAUUACCCACCCCAAGAUGCGAAGAAGGAUAGAAAACCCAAGAAUUAUACUUCUCGACUGCCCGCUCGAGUAUAAGAAAGGAGAAUCGCAGACCAACAUUGAGAUCAGCAAGGAAGAUGAUUGGAAUAAGAUUCUACAGAUCGAAGAGGAACAGGUCAAGCGCAUGUGUGAUGCCAUCCUCGCCCUCAAGCCUGACUUGGUCAUCACCGAGAAGGGUGUCUCUGAUCUUGCCCAACAUUUCCUAGUUAAGCAUAACGUUACGGCCCUCCGACGUGUCCGCAAGAUGGACAACAACCGUAUUGCCCGCGCAACUGGUGCUACCAUCGUAAACCGUGUCGACGACCUACAGGAGUCCGACAUUGGAACCCAAUGCGGUCUCUUCGAGAUUGAAAAGAUCGGCGAUGAGUACUUCACAUUCUUGAGAAAGUGCAAGAACCCCAAGGCCUGCAGUAUUAUUCUUAGGGGACCAUCCAAGGACGUUCUUAACGAGGUAGAACGAAACCUGCAAGACGCCAUGUCCGUGGCUAGGAACGUUAUUUACCAUCCUCGCUUGUCACCCGGCGGAGGCGCCACUGAGAUGGCGGUGUCGGUCAGACUUGCAAAGCUAGCCAAAUCGAUCGAAGGCAUUCAGCAAUGGCCAUACAAGGCUGUCGCCGAUGCAAUGGAGAUCAUCCCACGAACCCUGGUCCAGAAUGCUGGUGCCAACCCAAUCCAGGUCCUCACAGCUCUGAGAGCCAAGCACGUUGAAGGCCACACUACUUGGGGUAUAGAUGGUGACACCGGAAAGCUCGUCGACAUGAAGGAAUACGGUGUCUGGGAGCCUGAGGCUGUAAAGCUGCAGAGCGUCAAGACCGCCAUUGAGUCUGCAUGCCUACUCCUGCGCGUCGAUGACAUCUGCAGCGCUAAGUCCCUUAACCAAGCUGCCAACAUGGGAGGAGGCGGUGAAGAGUAA